GAACCCACUAAGAAAGAGGAAAAUGAAGUGCCAGCCCCUACCUCACCCCCAGAAGAGCCAAACAAAGAGAUGGAGGCCAGAACUGGACCAGCAAAAGAUGAAGAGGAUCCCUCCCCGCCUAGUGCCCUGCCUCCAGGUUUGGGUAGUCGGGCCCUGGAAAGAAAAGAUUCAGAAUGGUCUCUUGGCGAAUCACCUGCUGGGGAGGAACAAGACAAGCAGAAUGCCAACUCUCAGCUGUCCACCCUGCUCAUUGAGAAACCUCAGUCAGGAACGGUGAAAGUUGGUGAAAAUAUCACCUUUAUAGCCAAAGUCAAGGCUGAAGAUCUUCUUAGAAAACCCACUAUCAAGUGGUUCAAAGGGAAAUGGAUGGAUCUGGCCAGCAAAGCUGGGAAGCACCUCCAACUGAAGGAGACCUUUGAAAGGCAAACUCGGGUGUACACAUUUGAGAUGCAGAUCAUCAAGGCCAAAGAGAACUUUGGUGGAAACUACAGAUGCGAGGUCACCUAUAAGGAUAAGUUUGACAGCUGUUCAUUUGAUCUUGAAGUGCAUGAAUCCACUGGAACUACUCCAAACAUUGACAUCAGAUCUGCUUUCAAGAGAAGUGGAGAAGGUCAAGAGGAUGCAGGAGAACUUGACUUUAGUGGUCUCCUGAAACGUAGGGAGGUGAAGCCGCAGGAGGAGGAACCCGAGGUGGAUGUGUGGGAGCUGCUGAAGAACGCCAACCCCAACGAGUACGAGAAGAUCGCCUUCCAGUACGGCAUCACCGACCUGCGCGGCAUGCUCCGGAGGCUCAAGCGCAUGCGCAGGGUGGAGAAGAAGAGCGCAGCUUUUUCAAAAAUUCUUGAUCCUGCAUACCAGGUUGACAAGGGAGGCAGAGUAAGGUUUGUUGUGGAACUGGCAGAUCCAAAGUUGGAGGUGAAAUGGUAUAAAAAUGGUCAAGAAAUUCGACCCAGUACAAAAUACAUCUUUGAACACAAAGGUUGCCAAAGAAUCAUGUUUAUCAAUAACUGUGCACUGACAGAUGAUUCAGAGUAUUAUGUGACAGCUGGUGAUGAGAAGUGUUCCACUGAGCUCUUCGUAAGAGAGCCUCCAAUUAUGGUGACCAAACAGCUGGAAGAUAUAAACGCUUACUGUGGGGAGAGAGUGGAAUUAGAAUGUGAGGUGUCUGAAGACGAUGCUAAUGUAAAAUGGUUUAAGAAUGGUGAAGAGAUCAUCCCCACUUCAAAAUCAAGAUACCGAGUUAAAGUCGAGGGCAAAAAACACAUCUUGAUCAUAGAAGGAGCUACAAAAGCCGACUCAGCAGAAUAUUCAGUAAUGACAACAGGAGGACAAUCGUCUGCUAAACUCAGUGUUGACUUGAAACCUCUGAAGAUUUUGACACCUCUGACUGAUCAGACUGUACAUCUUGGAAAAGAAAUUUGCUUGAAAUGUGAAAUCUCUGAAAACAUACCAGGAAAAUGGACUAAAAAUGGCCUACCUGUUCAGGAGAGUGACCGUCUAAAGGUGGUUCACAAAGGAAGAAUCCACAAAUUAGUGAUAGCCAAUGCUCUCAUUGAAGAUGAGGGUGAUUACGUAUUCGCACCAGAUGCCUACUCUGUUACUUUGCCUGCCAAAGUUCAUGUUAUUGAUCCUCCUAAGAUCAACCUGGACGGUCUUGAUGCUGACAAUACAGUAACAGUGAUUGCAGGAAACAAGCUUCGUCUUGAGAUCCCUGUGUCUGGAGAACCACCUCCUAAAGCCCUUUGGAGCCGAGCAGAUAAGGCUAUUAUGGAGGGCAGCGGCCGGAUAAGAGCAGAAUCCUACCCUGAUAGCAGCACUCUGGUCAUUGAUAUUGCUGAAAGAGACGACUCUGGAGUUUACCACAUACAUCUGAAAAAUGAAGCUGGAGAAGCUCAUGCAAGCAUCAAGAUUAAAGUUGUGGACAUCCCCGACCCUCCAGUGGCACCGAACGUGACGGAUGUGGGAGAUGAUUGGUGUAUCAUGAAUUGGGAGCCUCCUGUCUAUGAUGGAGGGUCUCCAAUCUUAGGAUACUUUAUUGAGAGGAAAAAGAAACAAAGCUCCAGGUGGAUGAGACUGAAUUUUGAUCUCUGCAAAGAAACAACUUUUGAGCCCAAGAAGAUGAUUGAAGGCGUGGCCUAUGAGGUCCGCAUCUUUGCAGUCAAUGCCGUGGGCAUCUCCAAGCCCAGCAUGCCCUCCAAGCCUUUUGUUCCUUUGGUGAAGGAAAGAAGCUCCAGAGCACAUUUGGGGGAUCAGAAUGUGAAUGCAAAUGCGCCUCCGAAGGAGGAAAACCACCAUGGAGAAGAAACUUCCUAUGGAGAGAAAACUGCUGAAAAAGAAAUCCCAGGCCCCCGGAUUGGAUCAUCGCUGGCUGGGGGGGCAGAAGAGGAGAGGGGUGUAAAGCCUCCUGGUACAUCAGCAAAACAGUCUGGUGAAAAUGGGGAGGAUGCGUGUGAUCUAUGUGAUCUGCCAGCUGAGAACUGGAUAGUUGCAAACACGGAGCUGAUCGACAAGACCAAGUUCACCAUCACAGGUCUGCCGACGGAUGCAAAGAUCUUCGUGCGAGUGAAGGCUGUGAAUAAGGCGGGUGCCAGCGAGCCCAAGUACUACUCUCAGCCCAUCCUCGUGAAGGAGAUCAUAGUGAAGGAAAGAAGCUCCAGAGCACAUUUGGGGGAUCAGAAUGUGAAUGCAAAUGCGCCUCCGAAGGAGGAAAACCACCAUGGAGAAGAAACUUCCUAUGGAGAGAAAACUGCUGAAAAAGAAAUCCCAGGCCCCCGGAUUGGAUCAUCGCUGGCUGGGGGGGCAGAAGAGGAGAGGGGUGUAAAGCCUCCUGGUACAUCAGCAAAACAGUCUGGUGAAAAUGGGGAGGAUGCGUGUGAUCUAUGUGAUCUGCCAGCUGAGAACUGGAUAGUUGCAAACACGGAGCUGAUCGACAAGACCAAGUUCACCAUCACAGGUCUGCCGACGGAUGCAAAGAUCUUCGUGCGAGUGAAGGCUGUGAAUAAGGCGGGUGCCAGCGAGCCCAAGUACUACUCUCAGCCCAUCCUCGUGAAGGAGAUCAUAGAGCCUCCGAAGAUUCGCAUCCCGAGACACCUGAAGCAAACCUAUAUCCGCAGAGUUGGAGAAGCUGUCAAUCUGGUCAUACCUUUCCAGGGAAAACCAAGACCAGAAUUAACUUGGAAGAAGGAUGGUGCAGAAAUUGACAAGAAUCAAAUAAACAUUCGCAACUCUGAGACUGAUACAAUCAUAUUUAUCAGAAAAGCAGAGAGGAGCCACUCUGGGAAAUAUGAUCUGAAAGUCAAAGUGGACAAAUACGUGGAAAGUGCAUCGAUUGACAUCCAGAUUGUUGAUCGUCCAGGUCCACCCCAAAUUGUGAAGAUUGAGGAUGUCUGGGGAGAGAAUGUUGCUCUAACAUGGACACCACCAAAGGAUGAUGGAAAUGCUGCCAUCACGGGGUACACGAUCCAGAAAGCUGACAAGAAGAGCAUGGAAUGGUUCACUGUCAUUGAGCAUUAUCACCGAACCAAUGCCACCAUUACCGAACUGGUCAUAGGGAAUGAAUAUUAUUUCCGGGUCUUCUCUGAAAACAUGUGCGGCCUCAGUGAGAAUGCCACAAUGACUAAAGAGAGCGCCGUGAUCGCCAAGGACGGUAAGGUCUACAAAAAUCCAGUGUAUGAAGACUUUGAUUUCACAGAGGCACCCAUGUUUACUCAGCCUUUGGUUAACACCUAUGCUAUCGCUGGUUACAAUGCCACCCUGAACUGCAGUGUGAGAGGAAAUCCUAAGCCCAAAAUAACCUGGAUGAAAAACAAAGUUGCUAUUGUGGAUGAUCCCAGAUACAGGAUGUUCAGCAACCAGGGGGUGUGUACCCUGGAGAUUCGUAAGCCUAGCCCCUAUGACGGAGGCACUUACAGCUGCCAAGCAGUCAAUAACCUUGGGACAGUGGAGAUUGAAUGCAAACUGGAGGUGAAAGUGAUAUAUCAAGGACUAAAUACCCCUGGACAACCAAUCUUCCUGGAGGGGCAGCAACAGGUGGGCUCUCAUUCUGCAGGCUCCUCUUGCAAGGUGUGCCUCCAAACAUAAUUGAUUCAUAUUUGCGAGACUUACAAUCAAGCAAUCCUGAGGAAUAUUGAGGGCCUGGGUACUGCCUCUGUACACUCUGCUGCUUUGAAAUCUGGUUGAAAUGAGAAGGCAUUCUCUGUUUUUCCACCAGGCCCCAAGUGUGGUCAUUUUCUUUAAUGUUGAAGAGAAAAAAAAAACAUGUUUGCACAGAUUGCUUAAUUAAAAAUUGCAAACAAAA